GAGAAAGAUAAAACAGAGACCCAGUCCAGUUAUAAAAGUCAAAUAGCUCAGGACUCUCAGCUAACUGCAAUGGCGAACUCAAGGCUUCGAGGUCUGACUUGGUGGAGGAAGUGGGCCAAGAAGGACUGGGCAAUCACAGCCGUUGGCUUCUCUCUAAUCGUCUUUCUUUUCACUCUCAUCUCCGACUCUUGGAGCCGCCGUGAUGACUCCAACCUCAACAACCCAUUCGAUCACACUCACGAUCUCGUCGACCUCACCUUGGUGCGCAAUGCCAAGAAUAAAGGCGCCUUUUGUUUAGAUGGGAGUUUGCCAGGGUACCAUUUUCAAAAGGGAUUCGGAUCUGGGUCUAACAAUUGGCUGCUUCACGUUGAGGGUGGAGGUUGGUGCAAUACAGUAUCAUCAUGUUCUUCGCGUAAAUUUACCCGUUUAGGUUCUUCAAAAUACAUGGAAUCUCAAGUCCCCUUUUCCGGGAUCUUGAGCCGUGACCCGUCCCAAAACCCCGAUUUCUUUAACUGGAACAAAGUCAAGAUACGUUACUGUGAUGGUGCAUCUUUUGCUAGCCACCCUGAAAGUGAGCCAAAGAAUGGAGAGAAACUUUUCUUUAGAGGGCAGCUCAUCUGGGAAGCACUUAUGGAUGAACUUUUAUCAAUUGGAUUGUCCAAUGCAAAACAGGCUCUUCUUUCAGGAUGCUCAGCUGGAGGCUUGGCAACUCUUAUACAUUGUGAUAACUUUCGAGAACUUCUGCCAAAGGAUACAACUGUCAAGUGUCUUGCUGACGCAGGUUUUUUCCUUGAUGAGAAGGAUAUUCUUGGAAAUCAAACCAUGAGAUCUUUCUAUAAUGAUGUUGUCCACUUGCAGGGUGUCGCGAAAAGUUUACACAAGGAUUGUGUUGCGAGAAUGGAACCAUGGCAGUGUCUCUUCCCUCGAGAAAUUAUUAAAAACAUAAAGACCGCAGUGUUCCUUGUCAACCCAGCUUAUGACAUUUGGCAGAUUCAAAAUAUCUUGAUACCAGAUGCAUCAGAUCCUCAUGGCGACUGGCGGAAUUGCAGACUAAACAUUCAUGAUUGUAAUCCUAGUCAGAUUGGCAUACUACAUGGUUUCCGCAAUUCUCUGCUCAGGGCACUAGGUGAAUUCCAGAAAAUCAAGGAAGGGGGAAUGUUUAUAAAUUCUUGCUUUGUUCAUUGCCAGACAUGGAUGGCUGAAACAUGGCAUUCGGCCAAAUCUCCAAGAAUUAACAACAGGACAAUUGCAGAGUCUGUUGGUGAUUGGUUCUUCGAUCGAAAAGCAGUGAAGCAAAUUGAUUGCCCUUAUCCAUGCAAUCCCACCUGCUAUCAUUUGGAUUUCAGUCGAGGAUGAUGGAUCUUAGGACCACUUCAGUGUUUCUUAUAGGUCAUUCUCUACUCCAGAUCCCUAAAUUCUCGACGUGCAGUGUGUACCCAGGUGGAAUUCUUCCUCUUUAUGUCGAAAGCAUGAUCCUGGUCCUUGGAAAUUGAGAUAAAGUGUCUAAAGAUACUGAUUGUGGUUGAUGACAUUUCCUGGCCUGAAGAAGGGGGCUGGGGGGAACAUUCCUGAAUUUGCUGCUCUGUGUUGUGGAGUCCAUAGUAAACCCGAUCAAGGUCUUUGCUUUCAUUAGAGUGUGGAAAUCCAUUGCACCAUUGCUCCACAGUCAGUUCAAAACUCUUUUUACUGAUCUUACCUGUUGUAAAUUUUUUUCAUUUGCACUCUUCAUCCGUUGUCUACUCUACAGUCCCUUAAAGUUUGUGGAGCAAACUAAAAAUAAGAAAUGCAGUGGCAUACAAAUUUGACUAGGCUACGAAGAGAGUAUCCCCUAUUUACUGUUGUGACCUCCUCAAAACUCCGUCCAUUAUAUAUCUUUUUCUUUUCAUUUGCUUUUCUUUUGCCGGUAUAAAGCCAUGUUGUACAGUAUACUUUAUUUACGGAUUUUUUAGCACAGAGGGAGGGAUUCAAAUGCAUAUAUUGAAGUCAA